UGUUUUGUGUCAUUCUUGCUUGCCUCUUUUUCCCCGCACAAUUUUCUCGAUUUUCACUCUGUUUUCCUUAGUUUUUCGUGUUGAAUUGCACUGGUCAUCAGUCCGUGAGGUGCAGUGAUGUGUUUGACAGUGGCAAAGUGAUGCUGCGACGGCAAAUCUGAUCGCUGAUCGCUGGCGCGGGAGAUGAGGGUGCUGGUGCUUGCGUGCCUCCUGGGGGCCGUCCUGGCCACGGAGACGGGCUCGAUAAACCUCCUGUUCACCACGUAUCAGGACAUUCGGUGGGCGAACGUCACUGGCCAAGAGAUUCACAUUGAGGUGCUUGCCAAAGAUUUGGUGGAAGGCGCGGCCAUUGACUUCCUGGCCGCGCGGCGGCUGGUGUGCUGGGCUGAUCAGGGCAGCGAGCGCGUGGAGUGCAUGAAGAUGAGCGGCUGGAAGUCGUCCAAGCGGGACAUUGUGGUGGCGGCCAAGGCGAAGGUGGACGGCUUGGCGAUUGACUGGCUGACGGAGAAGAUCUACUGGACGGUGAGCGAGACGAACAAGAUCGAGGUGGUGUCGCUGGAUGGGCGGCUCAGGAAGGUGCUCUUCUGGCUGGACGUGGAUCAGCCGCGCGGCAUCGCUGUAGUGCCGGCGCGGCGGCUGCUCGUGUGGACGGACUGGGGCGAGAGUCCGAAGAUCGAGUCCUCCAGCAUGGACGGCGAUCCGGGCAGCCGGAGGGUGCUGGUGAAGGACAAGGGCAUCUUCUGGCCCAACGGACUUGCCGUGGAUCUCGAGCGUGAGCUGAUCUACUGGGUGGAUGGGAAGCUGCACACGCUGCAGGCGAUGCGCCUGGACGGCGCCGAUCGUCAGACGCUGGCCAGCAACUUGAUCUAUCCCUACAGCCUCACCAUGCUGCAGGAGCACAUCUUCUGGACAGACUGGCAACUCUAUGCCAUCAACACGCUCGUGUCUGGCGACGUGCAUGAGCUGUUCAAUGUGUCCGUGUCGCCGAUUUCGGUGCGCAUUUGGGAUCAGCGCGUUCAGCCGCCCGGCGAAUCGCCCUGCCAGACGGCCAACGGCAAUUGCUCGCACUUGUGUCUGCUGGCGCAGAAUGCGCAGGGCUUCUCCUGCGCCUGUCCGACGGGAAUCCGCCUCGUGAGCGACACAACGUGUGCUGAACAUCCCACGGACAUGCUGUUCCUGGUGCAGCGCACACAGAUCAGUCGCAUCUCCCUGGACACGCCGGACUUCACCAGUUUCCCGCUGAUUCUGAACCGCGUGAAGUACGCCAUCGCGAUUGACUACGAUCCCGUGGACGACACGGUGUACUGGUCAGAUGGCGACGUGCACACCAUCCGGCGCGUGCGACAGGACGGCCAGGGAGCGGUGGAGACCAUCGUGUCGGCCAUCGCGCACGCCGACGGCCUGGCGCUGGACUGGCUGGCGAGGAAUCUCUACUGGACGGACACGGGCAUGGACAGGAUUGAGGUGAGUCGCAUGGACGGCUCGUCGCGCUAUGUGGUGAUCAAUGAGAAUCUGAAGGAGCCGCGCGCCAUCGCCGUGGCGCCCAGCUUGGGUUGGAUGUUCUGGAGUGACUGGAAUGAGGAGAUGCCGAAGAUUGAGCGCGCCGCACUGGAUGGAUCUGAGCGUGUUGUCUUGGUGUCGAACGAUCUGGGCUGGCCGAAUGGCAUUGCGCUGGACUUCAGUGAGAACACAGUGUUCUGGUGUGACGCCAAGACGGACAAGAUCGAAGUGGUGGGCAUGAAUGGGUCCAAUCGCCGGGUGAUUCUCUACGAGCAGCUGCCGCACGUAUUCGGCCUGAGUCUGCUGGGUGACUACAUCUACUGGUCGGACUGGCAGAGGCGAUCGAUUGAGAGAGCGCACAAGAGGAAGGGCACGGACAGACUGGUGAUUGUGGAUCAGCAUCCGGACCUGAUGGGGCUGAAGGUGGCGCGAUUGCGGGAGGUGAAUGGCACGAGUCCGUGUGCUGUGAAUAAUGGCGGAUGCUCGCACUUGUGCUUCAACAGGCCGCACGAUUUUGUGUGCAGAUGCCCGAUAAACUUCGAGCUGGCGCGUGAUCAGCGGACGUGCUUCAUUCCCACGGCGUAUCUGUUCUUCUCGCGGAUGCGCGGCCUGGGCAGGAUGUCGGUGGAGCACAAUGAGGGCAAUUACAAUGAUCAGGUGACGCCGUACAAGAUCAUUCGCGAUGUGCACGCUCUGGAUGUGGACGAUGUGGCGGGAGUGCUGUUCUGGACGGACAAGAGGGGCAAAUCCAUCCACCGGGCGCUGAUCAAUGGCACGGAUGUGCAGAAGAUUGUGGAUUCGGGUCUCGGGCGGCCGGAGGCCAUCGCGGUGGAUUGGCUGGGGGGGAAUGUGUUCUGGACGGAUGUGGAUCUGAGGCGGAUCGAGGUGGCGCGCUGGGAUGGCUCGAGUCGGAAGGUGUUGGUGUGGAAGAGUGUCGAGGAGCCGAAGCACAUUGUGGUGGAGCCGCGGCGGGGCGUGAUGUACUGGACGGAGCAGCAGCUGGAGGUGAUCCAGAAGGCGGGCAUGGAUGGAUCGGAAGUGACGACAGUGGUGCGGAAGGUGGGGAAUGUGAAUGGAUUGGCGCUGGAUGACAGCACGCGCCGGCUGUAUUGGACGAGUCAGAGCACGCCGGCGAGGAUUGAGUGGGCGGAUUGCGAUGGACGUGGCAAGGGAGCCACACUGACUGAUCUGCACAGCAGUGAUCCCUUCGCCAUCACCGUCCACGGUGACUUCGUGUACUGGAGCGACUGGAAGACGGGAGAUGUGGAGCGCGUGCACAAGAUAACCGGUGACAAUCGCACGCUGAUCCAUGAGAAUCUGGAAUUUGUGCGAUCUCUCGUGGUUUAUCACACUUCACCGCCAACACUGACGUCGGGCAUCAACAAAUGCCACAUUGCGAACGGUGGAUGUUCACAUUUGUGUCUGGCCAACAGGAAUGGCUCCAUUUGUGCCUGUCCCACGCACUAUUUCCUCAACACUGACUCAGUGUCGUGCAGUCCGCCGAGGGAUUACCUGAUCUUCAGCCAGAAAUCCACCUUCGGCAGACUCUUUCCCAACUCCACAGACGUCCUGGACGCGUCAUUUCCCAUCACAGGGAAGCACAUCAGGGUGAUUGAGUUCGAUCCGGUGAUGAAGUUUCUCUACUGGAUUGAUGGAAAAGUGGUGCGCAAGAGUGCAGAGAAUGGCACGAGGAUGUCCACGGUGGUCAGCGCGGGAUCGCAGCCAUUUGACAUGGCGCUUGACUUUAUCGGCAGAUUGCUGUAUUGGACGUGCAGCUACACGAAUUCCAUCAACAUCUCCAGCUUGAGUGGCAAUUCUGUGGGCACAAUUGACACGGGAGAUUCACAAGUUCCCAGGAAUCUGGCAAUUGAUUCACUGGAGAGAUUCCUCUUCUGGACGGAUUACAAGCAACAGGCGAUCUUCAGGGCGAGAAUUGAUGGUGUGGCGAGAGUGAUGCUGGUAAAUAAGUUGUCCGGUGUGAAUGCGCUGACAAUUGAUCAGCAGGCGAAGAUUGUCUUCUUCGCCGAUGGCGAGAGCAUCGAGAGGAUUGACUACAGCGGUGGCAACAGGGAGAAGAUCACUUUGCUGAACUACAAUCAGGUGACUUCCUUGGCUGCUCUUCGGGGUGUUUUGUAUUGGCUGGACGACAAGAUGUUGCUGGAGAGUUUGACGUACAAUGGCGAGAGGGCGACUGGUGAUGGUGCUUCGCUGCAGCAACUCACGGACAUUGUGGCAGUUUCCACGCCACCGGAGGGACUUGUGGCCAAUCACACGUGCUCUCAUCUGGCCAUUGAGUGUUCUCAUCUGUGCGUGGCCACGGGAAGGCAUCCGCCGAGGAGUCUGGAGGACGUGUGCUCGUGUCCAAUUGGUCUGAUGCUGAUGGAGGACAAGAUGAGCUGCGGAACGCUGCCACCUUGUGGUCCUGGUCACUUCACGUGUGCCUCUUUGAUGCCCGGUGGGCUUCUGGAUGGCGUGAAUAAGGACUGCAUCCCGAUGUCGUGGCGCUGUGACGGUCAGAAUGACUGCAUGGACAAGUCGGAUGAGCAGGGAUGUCCGUCGUGCAGUGGAGAUCAGUUCAGGUGCCAGAGUGGCGAGUGCAUUGACAGGAAGUUCGUGUGCGACGGCACGACGCACUGCGCCGAUGGCCACGAUGAGGCGGAUUGCUGCAAACAGCCGCAGGACUUCCAGUGUCCGGGCAAUAAGGUGUGCAUCCCGCCGGCGUCGCUGUGUGACGGCUGGGAUCACUGUGCCGACGGGGCGGAUGAGAGUCUGGAAGUGUGCGGUCCGGCGAACAAGCGCUUCGUUCAGACGUCGGACAAGAAGACGUUCAUCAUUGUCAUCGUGAUUCUGAUGCUGGUGACAUUCUUCGCCGCGUACGUGCUGCAGAUUUGCCGCAGUCGCAUUAUGGCGCACGGUGGGCAGUUGCAGAAUGAUCCGGCCGCGGCGCCGCUGUCACCGGUGCAGGCGGGAAAGAUUGCCAGGGGCUCGCGGCUGUCGUCCGUGGCGGACGCCGUGUGGAUGUCGACGCUGAAUGGCCGGGCGGGCAGUGCGAAUAGCUAUGACAGGAACAACAUCACGGGCGCCUCGAGUAGCACAACGAAGGGCAGCAGCAGUCUCAUGGCGUAUCCGCUGAAUCCACCGCCCAGUCCGGCCACCACGAAUGCCUCCACGAGGCACAGCUAUCGGCCGUACAGGCACUACAAGUCCAUCAAUCAGCCGCCGCCGCCCACGCCCUGCUCCACGGACGUGUGCGACGAGAGUGACAGCAAUUGCACCAGCAAGACCACGUCCGGACGCGUGGCGCUGCCCAGGCGGAGUCACAGGUAUGCGGACGCAGGAGAGCCCUAUCCGCCGCCGCCCACGCCGCGCUCCCACAGCGACAUUGGCGGCUACGUGAUGACGGAGAGUUGUCCGCCGUCGCCGGGAUCGCGAUCAUCGGCCUACUUCUCGCCGCUGCCGCCGCCGCCGUCGCCCGUGCAGAGUCCGCGGCGUGACUACUCGUAGCCGCGGUCGAGCCGGAGAGAGAGAGAGAGAGUGAGUGAGUAGCAGUCCUUUGUCCCUGAUCCCCUUACUCUUUAGGACAUUAUUUAUUGACACUAGCUGUACUCUGGGAUUGUGUUGAAAUUCAGCGACGAGGGUGAAAUUGCGUGACAAUCAAGACUCCAAUUUUUGUCUUUUGACUUUUGCAUCUGACAGAUACUUUCCAAGGAUCACUUGAUUAGUCUGUGUCACGUAUAAAAACUCUCCAAGGCGGUUUUGAAAAGAAUGCAUUCAAUAUUUUGUGCAUUGAUAUUUUAGAGAGACUUUGAUUUUAUUAAUGUCUUCAAGCAAAAAGAAAAAGUAGAAGAGGCACAAUUUGAAGGAAAAAGAAGUAGCUCAAUGAAUUCUAAAUUGAUAUAAGCAUUAUAUUAUUGUGUAAUUAACAAAAUUGUAUGCUUUUUGUGCCUUUUAAUCAAUGGAUAGAUGGAUAAAAACUAUCAUUUAAUUGUGAUGUGAAUUUUAGUGCUAAAUUCUGAAAUAGUCUUAAUUCCCUUUCCCUUCUUCCUUUGUUGCGCUACUCACUCGAUUUUUCUCGUCGUACACUUUAUUAAGAGUCUGAUUAAGAACAAUUUUAUUGAUGAAUUUGUUGAUUUUCUAACAAGAGAGAGAGAGAAAAAAAUAACCCCCUUUUUAAUAGACUGUAAGAUUGUAUCAAAGUGCCAAACAGCGCGCAGUGCUUUUCUUUUCUCAGGAAGAAGAAAGAAAAAAAACUGUGUGACGAUAAAAAGGACGAAGAUGUGAACUGAUAUAAUGAUGUGAGACGAAUUUAGGCCGCUUCGUCGCCAAAUCACAUGAAUUUUAUUGCAAUAAAACACACCUUUUUAUUAUUAUUAUCUUGUAAUGCCAUUUUAGAAGAGUUAAGAAGAAAACAGAGAGCAUUUCUUGAGGUUUUCCCUGAGCUGAUCAAAUGAGUUUUCCUCUGAUAUUUUACUCUAUUUGAUGGUAGAAAAUGUUUAUUGUAAUAAGGAGAAGAAAAUAUAUUGUGAGGCGUUUAUAAUAUUGCAUUUCGUGUACAAAAGAAUAUAUUUAGUACAAUAAAAAGUAUUUUAAGAAAAAGAAA